CUAAUCGGGGUGGCACAGGCAGGGCCUUGGCUUGGACCUGGAGGCACUGGGAGCGUGCAAGGAUGUGGAGGAGCAUGCAGGAGUGUGGGCAGCACAGCAAGGACACUCGGGAAGACGCCAGAGUGUGCAAGUAUGAGGAAGGGCACGGAGAAGGGCGGCAGAGUGUGUACCUGUGAGCCAGGACACGCAGGGACUUGUCACAGCAACCACAUGUGAAUGAGGACACACAGAAGUGUGACAGAGUACGCCUGUGAGCAAGGACACACAGGGACGUGCCAGAGAGUGCACAGGAGAGACCAGUUCUGACUGUGUCCCCAACAAUACGGCAGCGGGGCCAUGGCUGCGAGCAUCCAAGGAGGAGAAAGAGGAGGAGGAAGAGGAGGAGGAGGAGGAGAUGAUGCCGAAGGGAGCCACAGCAGGCCCAUGGGAGCAUUCCGAGUGCGGGCGCUCACCCACCCUUUAAAUCUCCCUCCGCCACACUGGCGCCUUCCGAGCAUCCCUCCCUGCCACAGCCACGCCGCCACCAGCACCCGCCACCCGGGAAUUGUCAUUCCUGCCGCUCAGCGUGCGGAAAGCUGGGAAUGCCAGCAUGCCGGCCUCGCCGCCAGCAUCCUGCGGCCGUGGCCCGGGCAGCGUCGCCUUCCCCGGCCAGCGGCUCGCCUCGGUGAAUCAGCACUUCCCGGUGAGGAACUGGCACCGUGCCACCACCAUGGUCCCCCCGCUGGGCAUAGGGAAUGUCCCCCCACACCCCAAGGGCGGCCGGGGCAGCAGUUGGCACCUGGCACUUACGGCACCCUCAAACCCGUUCCCUGGCUCAUCCCUCACAGCCACAGCAUGCUGCUGGCAAGCCCAUUUCCAGUGCACAGAAACUCAUCAGAAUCGCCCAAAACACCCCAAAAUUCUGCCCCAUCACUGUCACCCAGAGCCUGGUAUGUCCCCAUUGCUCCACUUCACCAAAACACUUUGGAUUUGGCAUCUCCCCCACGUCCACAAGCAGCCAUGCUCCAGUUGGGAAGGGGCAGGAGCCGGGGGGCAUUCCCCCAGCCCCCCAACAGUCUCCUGCCUGCCAGGUGCGGGGCCAGGGCUGGGAGCAGAUGGUCCCUCUCGGCACGGCCACGCGGCACAGCACGGGGCACCUGGGCAUGGAAAGGCACGGCACAGCUCCUCCGGCAGCGCUGCCCUGCCCUGGCCAGGGCUCCCCAGCCACACUCCCACCCGCCAGGAGAAUUUGGGCUUCCCCAGGGCCACAUGCCGGCCGUGCUAGGACUGUCCCAUGUCACCCAAGCCGGUGACACGCACACGUGCUGACACUCCACAGACAUUUUUGGCUAUAAAUAGGCCUCCCCUGCGCACGGCGCUAGCCAAGCCCUGCUCCCUUCUUAGGAGCUGCCCCCCCCCGCACCCCAAAAUCACUAGACGGUGCCCCAAAACCACUGCAUAGCUAUAAAAUACUCCGUGGGGGGCCAUGCUGGCAGCCAGCAGGGUUUACUGAGUCUCCUGUGUUUGCCACUGUUUUCCAGGGCACCCCAAUCCUCUGGUUUGGGAGCUGGAGAUUUAUAAAGGGAAAAGCUGGGAAAUCAGGCCUGGGGGACCCCUAGGUUUUUGGGGUGAGGGUAAGAAUUCCCGCAGCCCAACGUCCACCCAUGAGCAUCCUCCUGGCACCGGGACAAGGGGGACCAAGGGCAUGGCACCCCAAAAACCCUUCCCAGUAACCCACCAGUUAGCCCAGUUGCUAAAAACUGGGGGACAGAGUGGGUUGGGUGAUGUGUCCCACCAAGACCCUCAGGACUUGGGUUUUCCACCACGUCCCAACAGUGCUGGGAGCACCAAGGGCUAGUGUGGGGAGCCCUCCAGGGGUUGGCACCCCAGGAAAAGUGUCCCCAGGGUGUGCCCACACUGUCCCCGGGCUGUCCACAGGGUGUCCCUAGAAAGUCACCGCCACUUGCCCGCCCCGUCCUUCCCGGGAGCAGCCCCGAGGGACACGGGGUGACAGCAGACCCCCCGCCGCGGGCGAAAAGGGGGUUCAGGCUCCCCGGAGGGUUCUUCACCCUCGCCACCAAACUUUCCUCCGUGCCCACCGUCCCCCGCGGUACCGCGCCCGGUGUUCGGUGCCGCACCCCCCACCCGAUAUCCCCGGAGCGGGCA